GGGCGAUUCGAUAACGGAAGUAAUAAGAUACCAUUAAACAACAUAGCCACAAUUUGACAUUUGCAAGCCACCAUGGCAUCCAGUGAUGGUCACGGUUCUGGAGACCAUGUAGGUGGCCCUGUGAACUUUAAUGCUGGGUAUUUGGCAGCCAAUGCACGAUCUCCCCACAGCGUCCACUCUUCGCGCCAUUCUUAUUCACCAUACAGCCAUAGUGCUGCCUCCCCUUACAGCGUUCAUUCCCUGUACAGUUGCGAGUCUCACUACAGUCAAAGCUCGACUCUUUGCGAAGAGGAGUUCAAAUUCACCGAGGUCUCUCAUUCCGCCCAGGUCCUCAGUGGUUUGAAUCAUUUGCGCCAUUCUCAACUGCUCUGCGAUGUCAUACUUAAGGUUGGCUGCCAGGAGUUCAACUGCCACAAGAUCGUUCUGGCAUCAUUCAGCACAUAUUUUCAUGCAAUGUUCACUGGUAAUCUGGCAGAGAGUUCCCAGAAUAAGGUCACAAUCAAUGACAUUGAAGGGUCCAUAAUGGAAUUGUUGAUAAAUUACGGUUACUCAUCAGAAAUUGUGAUUACUCGUCAAAAUGUUCAGGCUCUCCUUUCAGCAGCUAAUCUUCUUGAAAUAAUACCAGUUAAAGAAGCAUGUGGACAGUACCUGGAAGAAAACAUGGACGAAAUGAAUAGCAUCGGCAUUCAUUGCUUUGCAGAGACUCACGCAUGUUCGGAAUUGUUUCAGAAGUCUAAGAACUACAUUUUGGACCAUUUUAAGUCUGUUAGUUUGCAGGAGGAGUUUCUACAAAUAACUAAGGACAAACUUAUAGAAUUUAUUAAAGAUGCAGAUCUCAAUGUUCAUAAUGAGGAGCAUGUGUUUCUUGCUGUUGCAAGGUGGCUCGAUUUCAACACAGAAGAACGGACAGCUGAUUUCGAGAAAGUACUUGAAUAUGUUAAGCUGCCACUAGUUAGUCCAUAUUUCUUGUAUGAUGUUGUACAAAAGCACGACAUUGUGAGACUUUCAGACACUUGUAGAGCACUUGUAGAUGAGGCAAAAACCUACCAGCUGCUCACUGACAGGCAUGCAGAGCUGCAGACCUAUCGAACGGAGCUAAGGAAAUCAUUUGGAUACAAGGAGGUGAUAAUCUGUGUUGGCGGGGAGGAUGAUAAGGUGGUACUCCGCAGCGUGGAGAUGUUUGACACCUCAUCUUGUCGCUGGACCCCACUCGCCUGUCUGCCAUUUGCGAUCAGCAAACAUGGGAUGGUGUCCUCUGGUGAUUAUGUGUACCUGGCUGGAGGUGAAUACCCAGAUGGUUCUGCCAGUCGUAACAUAUGGAGGUUUGACCCGAAUCUUGACUCGUGGACGGAAAUGGCUCCAAUGAACAUGGCCAGAUCUGAACUAGGCCUAGCAAUGCUGGAUGGCCAUGUGUACGCCGUAGGUGGCUGGGAUGGUUCCAAUAGGCUGGACUCGGUCGAGGUGUAUCGCCCACAGCUCAACUCCUGGGCCUUUGUACCUCCCAUGAAGAUCGCCCUCACCAGCCCUGCUGUGGUGGCUCUCAAGGGACUGCUAUAUGUCACAGGUGGCGCUGUUCUCGAGGAGGGAGACGGUAUAGACCUGGUGCAAUGCUAUGACCCUCGUCUGGACAUGUGGAUGGACAAACCCAGCAUGCAGAUACCACGGUCUGGCAGUGCUGCCUGCGUGUUGGAUGGGCUUAUCUACGUCAUAGGUGGAUGGCAUGCCUCAACAGAGAACACCAACAAAGUGGAGUGCUAUGACCCAGAGAGCAACGAGUGGACGCAGAGGGCCCCCAUGAUAGAGCGCCGGUACCGCCCUGGCGUGGCCGUCAUAAACAAGAAGAUCUACGUGUGCGGUGGGGAGGAGGGCUGGGACAGGUAUCACGACACAAUUGAGUGCUACGACCUCGCUAAGAACUCCUGGGAGGUCGUGGGGGAGAUGCUGACCAGUAGAAGCUGGUUGAGUUGUGUGUCUAUACGAGUACGCAAGGACAUGACCAACGCUGAGUGCCAUAGCAAGUGUGAAUGUUCGGCCGACGGGUGCUGACUGGAAUCAGUUUCAGGAGACAGUCUUGAAGAACUUUAGCUGUGGAUAUGUUUGCCUAGUGACGAGGGAGUCAUGGGUUUGAUUUCCACUAUAGUGGGAUUUUUCAGAUCUCCGCCAAAGACAUCAAGCACUUGUUUUACCCAGGAAACAGCUGAGAGCUGCUGACUGGAAUCAGAUUCAGGAUACAAUCUUCAACAACUUUCGCAGUGGAUAUGGUGCAUGCCUAGCAACAGGAGUCACGGGCUUUGAUUCCCAUUAUAGUGGCAUUCUUAAGAUCUCCACCAAAGACUAAAUACUGGUUUUACCCAUGAAACGGAGUACUGGUUUUACCCAUGAAACAGGCUUGAGUGGUUUAAUUAGUCCGCUUUCGAUGCAAUGGAGCUAAAAUAACUAGGUUUACACUAACUGUAGUGUUUCAAACUUAGGUUUUGUACAAUGAAGCUUCAGCAUCUUACUAGUGUAUAGCUGAAACAGAAAUGUUUAUUAGAGACAAUAGUUCGACCUGCAUGCUGGAACUUUGGGGUUUGAUGUUUCAUGGGCUUUUACCAGUGUGUCAUUGUUAAUUUGCCUGUCACUUGCUUACAAGUGAAUCAUUAUAAUGAACUGUUUUGUAAGAAUUUUUUCUGUCAGAGGCCCAAAAUUGCAAACUUGAUUUUCUAUAAUAUAUGCAUACAUGUAUUAACGAUACAUCUUAAAGCAUUCCAGCUAAAAGUGAUGGCGCGUGAACUUAUAUGUGUCAUCAAACCAUAGUGCGUGAACUCAUGCGUGUCAUCAAACCAUAGCGCGUGAACUAAUGUGUCAUCAAACUAUAGCGCCUGAACUCAUGUGUGUCAUCAAACCAUGUCCAUUGCAGUUCUUAUCCUUACGUACAAAACCAAAUUGUAUUAUACUUAAAAUAUCCUGUCUCGACUAGCAUGAACUUUUGUUCACGCAGAUUCUUGUGCAAGAUACAUAAUUUGUUCAUUUGUUUCUUAUUUUGUGUGUUUUAGUUUACAUGCAUUAUGUAUCAACAUAAUCAACUGUCAAAUAGAAUACAUGUGUAUACAGAAAAUAGAAUAAUUGAUAUUGAAUUUCGUUCACAUUUUGAAAUGCUAAGCCUGUCUUGGCUGUAAUGAUGAGGAAGUAAAACCUUUACAGUUAAUUUGUUGGUGGAAAUGUCCAAUUUCUGGCUGUGAAAAGAAUUAACAAGUUUGGAGGCACAUUCUUGCAUAAUAACAUCAACGAAACUUGUGCAUGGUCAAUUGUAGCAUAAUUUCCACACCUUUGAAAAUGUAGGCUAAAAAAAGUUAAAUGUUUGUCUGUUGUAAAAAUUGUAAAUUCUGAAGAUUGUGUUUUAUAACAAAGAUUUUAUUUGUUAUGUUUAAGAUCAUAUAUAUAAAAGAGGUAUUGUUUUCCCUUGCUAAAAAAUAUACAACUGUGGUCAGUAGUAUGUAUCUUAAUCAGAAUGUGGGAAAAUCAAUAUACAUACCUUGCUUAUUGUAAUUAUAUUCUGAUACAAGUGUGUUAAACUGUUACCUUUAUGUAUAUAAUCAUGUUCAACAUUUGAAAAUCAAUUUACAUACUAUUACAUUACUGAUAUUUUGUUUCUGAAUAAACUACUUAAAGCAAAA